AUGGAACUUUACAACGCAUCGAGAAACUUCGAUACCCUUUUCUUGUACGAAGCUUGCAUCAGAAGCAUUUUAGGAAACAGUACUUAUUUCGGAAAAAUAAAAAUCCUUCCAAAGGGAUCUGCUUGGGCACGAGAUAACUGGAUAACAAAUAGUCUAUGGAGUGAAGAGCGAGAUUUUAUAAUUCAUGGUUGGAAAGAAAAUCAGCUAAAGAAGUAUUGGAGAACUCCAGUGGGGUAG